GCAUGCUUUGAAACUACCUCAAGUUUCUACGGUGGCAUUUGCUUUCGACUUUUAUACGGAACUCGACUGAUUGAUCUGUAGAGAGUAACUUUCAAAUGAUUUUGAUUAAACCAUUUAGGAAUUUUACGAGGAAUGAGAGGUCGUAAACUAUUUACCUCCACUCAAGGCCGACUAGGUAGACGAAGCCACGCUCCAUGCCAGGAAUUUUACAUCCAGAAGUCAUCAGCAGAUCAAGGAAUAAUAUUACCAUUGUUUACUGUCGUUGGGAGGUUGAUCUUGGGUUAAUAUUUACGUGCGUUAAAAUAACUAUGUUUAAGGGGUCUUCGGAGAAAUAUAUAACAUCCGUUACAGUAAUAUUAACGAUUUUAACGCUGGUGUAAAUAAUAUUUAUAAUCAUUUCAGUGCCUAGAGUACUCAUUGUUACGUAGGCCUACAUCAGUGAAAAUUGAAAAGAGGUGGUGAUUACUACGUAUUAUACGAGAAAGAAUAAUAAAAUGGUUGGCGGAAUACCUAGGAAAUAUAACUUUUUGCUUGGGCGUAAAUGUCCCUAGAUAAAUUGAUUGUCAACAAACUUGUUUUAUUCUACAUGUAUUCAUCCCUAACCCUGCUAAUAUAAAUAUUCGUUUCGCCGUUAUAUUUGUCACGUGAUAACCACGGUUCCAGCAUUGUAACCCCCGUUGACGGCGUAGGGACGCUAUAGUACGUGCCGAAGAGCCGUUGACCACAGGGACUGGGUCCUGCCCCUGCCUUGUUUGUCAGCAUACUGCUAUCGCUGGCAGUUGUGCUAACUGGUCGGGCAAUUAUUGCCGGAAUACAGCUUUGCGAGACUCGGUGUUGUGACCAAAAAGCGUUACUUGGUUCGUCCAGUUCAACUUACAUAGUGUAUUCAGCAGGUGUUUUACCGAUUAGCCGGUAUGAGGCGUUUAUCAUCCAAAUCAAAAAAGGGUAAGGGCGCUAAUGCAAAUGAUAGCGGCAAAGGAUCUAUCCUAGACACAGAAGCUCAGGAUAAUGAAAAUCAGGCACCCAGCGACGCUGAAGAAAGUUCAAGUGAUAAGAGAGUUUCUCUUAACCAGAGUAAGAAAGGUAAAAGAGGGAAGAAAAUUGUGGCUACUAAGCCAGAUGACGCAGAUAUUGAUGCCGAGUCUUGGGACGAAGAAAAUGUUACCAAAAAAAACAAACGCGUAAGAAAAAACACAGCUCCGAAAACGGAAGAUGACGACGAAACUGGAUCAGAUGAUCAGCCAUUAAAUAACAGACCGAAAAAAGGCAAGAGAGGACAGAAUAAUGAUCACGCGAAAGACGAGGAAGUGGAGAUAAAAGAAGAGGAACAGUACGAGGUUGAAAAAGUAGUUGACUGUAGGAUUCAGUCUGGUGUCAAGCAGUACAAAAUCAGAUGGAAAGGAUUUGAAGAAGACCAAGAUACAUGGGAAACAGAAGAAAAUUUGAGUUGCCCUGACAGUAUUGAUGCAUUCUUGGCUGAAAACCCUGAUGCGUUUAAAAAAGUUGCCAAGGAAUCAAAAUCUAAAGGAGCCAAAAAGCCAAAAAAAGAGCCCUCCUCUCCACAACCCAAGAAGAAGCAACGUGUCGUGGAACCUGUUGCAGAAGAAGGUGGAGAGAAAGUUUAUGAGGUAGAGAAAGUUGUGGAAGUCCAUUUUAAGAAGAAUGGAGAAAGGGAAUUUCUCAUUCGUUGGAAAGGCUUUACUACUGAAGAUGAUACAUGGGAGCCUGAGGCCAAUCUAAACUGCCCAGAGUUGAUUGAAAAAUUCAUGCAAAAAGUGGAGAAGGCCAAGGAAGUGACUAUGCGAGAGUUGCGAGCCAAUCCCCAAGUAACAAACAGAUUUACUCUGAAUACUCCAGAUAAUGGGAGGCGCCUAUCGAGUCGGCACACUGCCAGGCAAAGGUGAAGUUGAUUUUUCUAAUUUUCUCAACUUGUUUUUCAUCAGGUAAUGACCAAGGUCCACUUGCUCUCAAAAAAUCCUGAGGUAAAGAAAUACACAUACCUUUGUUAACAGUUCAAGCUCUACUUUGGUUCCUGGAGUGAAAAGUAAUAGUUCUAUGUUUGAUAAUUGGUUUUUCUUUGUCCAAAAAGUUAACCCUUUGACUGCUCUAGACAAGUUGAUACACACAAUAUUUCUGUGCUUGGUAGCCUUUGGAUGAGUUAUUACACUCAGUCAGGUUGUUGCAGGGAGUCUCUGGACGAGAUUGUACAAGGAACCGUGAUGUUCCGAGAGUCUAGGCGAGUUCGCUUGUGCAGAUGCGAUUUCGGCUAUCGCUAGGACUUGCUGAUAACUAAGAUGCGUGGUAUCUGUGUACAAGUGAGCUCAGCUCACAGCGGGGCUAGGAGCAUGGCGCAAGACGCUUGACUCACAACUGGCUGGCCUGUAGCAGUUAAAAGAACAACAUACUUCAAUGCUGAGUGAAAAUAAGUGCAUCAAGAUAAAAUGAAGUGCACGAUCUAAAUAUGAACAAGUUAAUAUAAAUUGGAACUUCAGCAAAAGCAACAAAAGCAAACAGUUACUGUGGACAUCAUUGAAAAAGAAACUAGGGAAAACAUUGUGUUAAUCCUAAUAUCUUGAAGUUUUAUGUAAAAUUUUAUAACCUGUGCUUAGAGCAAAAUGUUCAUUUCUGAGUAUAUUUACUCGGUACAUUAACAAAACAGUAGGUGAGUAGUAGACGUGUAGUAACUUCAUGUUAGGAUUGAAUCUCUUAUUCCUUUUUUAAAAAGAAUUUUAUAGUUUUAUUUACAAUUAUUUUAAAUAUAUUAUUUGUGAAGUAUUCAGAGAUAGAAAAUGAAUUUUUUAAAGAAUUAUUUUAAAAAUGUUAUUUGUGAAAAUUGUAAGAGGAAAAGAGUCACGUAUAAGGGUGUUUACGUGAUAUUUACCAAGAGAAGCGUUUGGAUAGUUUUCUUGCUCUGCUUUUUUCAUAAGAGUUAAAGUCUGUUCAUAAAGCACAGACGCCUAAAAUAGGAGAUUAAGAUUUACAUUUUUAAUUUUUAUUUCUAUUGAAAAUACUCUAAAAUUUUCAUGUUUUCUGAGUUCAGAUUAUAUUUUUCAAAUACAAUUGUUUUAUUUUUUCUGUUUACGAAAGUUGAAGAUACAAUGAAGAUCAACUGAAAGUUUAUUUCAUUAAUUUUGUUUUCUACUAAUACCAGAGGACUGGUAGCAAAGUUGAUACAAGUAAUCUAUAGGUAACGUUUUUAAUUUCCAAUAUAGAUGAAUUAUUAUAAAAAUGGUUAUAAUAAAACUAUUACCUAAAUCCUUGAUUAUACUACUUUUGUUUUCAAAAGUGACCUUCAUGCUCUAUAGAGAUAUGUGCAUUUUUAGAUUUAUGGGGACACCAACAGUCCUGCAUCACAAUGUAUUCUUCCAAAAAUAAAUGUGUGAAUGGAGAAUAAAUUUAAUUACUACUUUGGUAAUCAUUGAGAAACUUGUCAAAACAUUCUGUUAUAUUUUAAUAUUUCAAGUGUUUUGGAAUAGCUACCUAACCCCAGUUGCCAUUUUUCCAAAACCUUUUUCACAUUAUUGGAAAUUGACAUCGGACUGACAAUUUUCUGGGAGAUGGUUUGCAUUGAUAUUUCCCUUAAAAUAAUAUUGUCGUUGUUCCCUUUUAUUUAUUAUGCAUAUAGUAUAUCAACUGAUGAUUGCAGGUAAGAAUUUGUCGGAUGUAAUUAUAUUUGUGCAAAUCCAAUUUUUUUUUUUGUUACCGGCAAGUGAAAAUCAACUUGGUUUAUAAGACAAAUAAAUUGUAUCACUUAUUGAUGCGAAAGACAUUUAUUGUGAGAGCAAAUUUUUAGUGCUAAUGUCAUGCUCUUCAAUAUUUCAUAUGCUAUUCCUGAUUCAGAAAACUUGAAGUUCAUGGUUUCAGAUUCAUUUACUUUUUGUCUAGAAACUUUUCAUUUGUAUAAAUGAAUAUGAUGAUUUGUGGUCAAGUAAUACUUAACUUAUUUUUCUCGCAGUUCAGGCAUUUCUGGGGAUUAAUGUAAUAUAUUUAAUUAUUUCCUGUUUGUUCAUGCUUUAUUUUUGUAGAUGUAGAUUUUGUGUCCUAGAUUUCAGUACUUGGAAAACAGGAGACAUUUUCUAAAAGGAUUUGUCAGAAACUGUUGUUUAAAAUGUAUCCCACGACUUUCUUGUUCCUUUAUUAGAGAGGAAAAAGUUCAAACAUUUAUCAUUGGUAAUACAACUAAUGCAGUGGUAUUUAUCUGGAAAUUUCCAAUCCACAAGUGAUAUUAAAUGAAACUAUUUCAUAAAUGAAUUGCCUCAAAAAAUGUUCAGAAUGCUCCUAAUACUAAUUAUCUUGUGUUUGCUCUCUAAGUACUUCCAAUGAUUGAUGUAUCUCACCUUGUGAUUGGCCAGCAAGAAGGUGGUAAGAAAUUGUGAUAAUUUCUGGGGGGAUAAGUGGUCUUCAUUGGUGCAUACCAGAUUUAUAGUUCAAUGCUGAAAAUGUUUUUGGUGUUUAUUUCACGAAUGAAAUAGUUGUAAAUGUAAGGUCCAGCUGAUAUUAUCCAAUUUCCUUGAAACAAACAAGGCACAAGAAAAUUUAAUGUGACUGAUUAUUGUUUUAGUUUAAGCUUUUAUAUUGUUGAUUUAUUUAAAAUUAUUACAAAGUAGUGCAAUAUGUUAAAAGAAGUAUUCUUAUAAAUAAAACGUGCAGCUCAUCAUCUACUCUAUAAACUUGUUGAAAAUGAACACUACCUUGUAGAUCUGGGAAGGUUAGUUAGUGACUGAUUUGUUUUACGUGAUGGAUAUGAGCAUUGUUUAUUUUAAUCACAUGUUCUUGUGAAUAAAAAUAGAAAAAUCUUUUGAUUUGAAUUGAUGUUGACCCUGCUUUCAAAUUGCAGAUGUUGCAUGAUGCAAAUUUUCAAAUGAACUUGUAUUCUUAUCCUUUUGUACUAAAUGUAAUUUCCAAGUUCUAGAAGUUAAUAAAUGGGUUUUAUGCAAGUCAUGCUUCUAUAUUAUAGAAAUUUCUCAAAUAUGAAAUAGUGUGUUUAUGGAGUGUCUUGUUAUUGAUUGUAACGGACAUUUUUGUAAAUACUGGGUUAAUUUUCAUUUAUUACUUCAGGCUAGGGAUGUGUCAAAACAAAGAGUAAACUUAAUAUUUAAUGAGGAUUGUUUCAAUGUAGUUCCUCUAUUUAUUGCCUUCAUAAUAUUUGCCAUUUCUUUCUCAAUAAAUAAAAAAAAAAAUUCUUCCCUUUGUUGUGAAGCAUGCUGGAGAUUCCUUCAGAGCAGAGAGAAACUAAGAAAAAGACUGAAAAGGAAAAAAAAUGUAUUAGUGAGAAAAAUACAUAACUGAAAUUAAAUAUUAUGAGCAAAAUAAAAACUUAAUAUUUUGAACUCCACUCCACUCCUCUCCUCUGGGACCUUGCAAGAACUGUGUCCAGGUCCUGGAACUUUUGCUUUAUUUAAAUGCUAUCUGAUGUAUGGGGAAGAAGUACCAUCUGUGCACAUUUUCAUGAGCUCCAGAAUCUCUUCCCAACAUUUUAAUUAUAAAUGAGAACUUUAAUGAAGAAUAAAAGAGAAAAGAAAAAAGUGGAAGAUAACAGCUUUUGAAAAUAGAUAUUUUCUCUAUGGAGUUGUAGAAUUUAUCCAGGACUUGCAAAAAGUAUAAACAGAGUUUCACUGUAAAUAUGCAUUUUGAUUUUCAAUUUUGGGGAGGUAAGAUCUGGUUUACUUCUGGUGGGAAGAGAAUGUAUGGGGAAGCAACAUCCAGCUGUUGCUGAAUGAGUUCUGAAAUUACCAGAUGUAAUUUCUAAAUUCUAGUAGGAGUACAUAAAUGUAUUCUGAAUAGCCUGUAAGACAACUGCCAAAAUAGUAAUUUUUUAGUGUGGUGUCAAAAUGCAUUUAUUUGGAUAAAAUGUUAGUCUGUCAAAGUUAAUUCAAUACGUCAGGAGAUAUUUGGUCACUGGAGUUUUUUGACAAUUACAGAAAAUUCUUUAGAAGUGAAAAUUGCUAUAGAAAAAAAAAAAAGAAAAAGCUACAAGUUUUUAUUCUUCUUUACAUGAUGUUACAUUUGCAGGAAGAUUUUUUUCCUCAUCCUCAGGCUACAAAGAAUAAACAGCAAAUUUAACAAAGCCACUGCACUAAAUAAAAUGUUUCCAACUUUAAAAAUUGUACAAGAUAUAGUAAAAAAACAUAUUAAAACUAAAAUAUAAUUGUAUUAACACUCAAUUUAAAAAUUAAAUGUGGUGACUUACAUAAAAAAAUUCCACAAAUAUUCUUAAUAAAUUAAAAUGAACAGCAACCAGUGUAAAAGUAUCUUUUUGCAUUCUUUGGGGUUGAAGAUAAACUCUUCCUUAAAAUGUUGCAUAAUAUUAUGUAAAGCAGAAUAAGCAUAGCCUAAUAAAAUAGCAGAAAGCUCAUCAGCACAUCAAUUAGCGGUUUUCUGUCUAAGUAGUAAGAAUUUGUUUACAUUUUUCAAAUUCUGAGGCUUUUUCAUACUUAACGAGUUGACUUGUAUUUGGGUAAAUACAGUAUAUUUGUAUUCCUGCAUUUUCAUUGGCCAUUAUGGUAUAUGCUUCCAAAUCCUAUAAAUCACAAUAACAGGCUCUUAAAAAUAGCUCAUGACAUUCACAGCUAUUUUACAAGAUUUAUACAAUGUCUUCUCGUGACUACACAAGGAUUUAUAUGAACCAGAUAUUUUCUCACCGUGUUAGGUAGAAAUAAGCUAAUUUUGAACAAUGUACUUUGGCAGGGUUACGAAGAUUACUUUAAAAAACAACUUUACAGCAAUGUAGUGUCAAAAACUAGUAAUGGGGUCAUCCAUUAAAUGUAUAUCGCUUGAAGUGGGGGGUGAAGCAAUUGUGCUGUUACAGGUGUUGCAUUAUUUUAUAGUUACAAAUUUUAAAUAUUUGCAGUAAUCCCUUAUAGUCUGUCUUAAACUAAGACUACAGAGAUUAAAAUAUAUUAUAAAUAUAAAUUAAAAAAGUUGUUAUAAUAAAUAGAAAUAUUUUUUUCAUCGAUCUGAUAAUUUAACAUGUUAGAUUAUGAAGAAAAUAUUCAAACCUAUUGUAUAAUAAUUUAUAAAAAUUCAAUUGAAAACGGACUGGAGACUCCCACUCAUACUUUAUUCAUGAUUGCAUCUGCCCAGCUUGCUGGCAGACAUUUUUUGCCUAUGCCGCCUUCUCUCAAAUUACUGUCGAGUAUUUUUGUUUGGUGCUGUCAAAUUUGCCAACUUAUUCUGACAGUUGGUAAAAUUAAGGUUUUAUUUGGUGGGUGUAAUUGAUGUGAGUUGAAAUUCAUUUUGUAAUCAUGUACAUAUGAAUAGUAUUACAAACAGUUAAUUAACCUUCACUACUGUAUGUUUUGCAUCGUAACGCCAGAGCCACCCAUUGUCAUGAUUAUUAGAGGGGGUGAUUACUAGGGCCUGAACCUUUUUUGUAUUAAUCGGUGUGGCUUUUUUGACUUUAUUGGAGUGUAAGGUUUUAGGUUAUAUUCAGAUUCGAAAGGGUCCAAGUAAAGUAGGUAAUAUAGGGAUUCCUCAUCCUUUUGCUGAUGCUAUUAAGUUAUAAGAAAAUAUUUUGAUUUAUUCAGUAGAGAGUUUUGUUUUAGAAAAUUCAGAAGGAUCAAAAAAUUCAAUUGUAAACUACAUGUGUAUUGUGCUCAGUGGCUUCUUACAAUUCAUGGUGCUCUUGGAAGUCAAUGGCAGUGAUCAAGAUACUGCAUAUUUUAGUAAAACCGGGACUGCGCUAUAAUGAAUUUCCUGUCUCCCCUCUCUUUCUUUAUUCACAUGUUAAUGGAACUAUAUUCAGUUUUAUCGAAUUAUUCAAUAUUACUAAAGUGAAGUUAUUGGCUAGGAAAAAGGAAACCUCAAAUAUAGUAGUUUUAGUGCAUGAGAAAAUGUCUCUGUUUCUGAUUUAUAUAUUAAACUAAUUUAAUUAUUACACAUCUUCAUACAAAACCCAAAUAAAAUUAAUACAAAUCAUUUUUACCGUUUAUGAGUGACACAAGCAUUACAUAAUUAUUUAGGAGGGUUCAAUGGAGAGGGGUAUCCUAAAUAUUCCAGAUUUGUGUGACGAAUUUAUGGAUGAGCCUAAAGGGAAAAAGCAUGACUUGUUGAUAAACAUCGAAUAAGAAGCAAGUGUUUCCUUCUAUUUCUGCACCAAAAUUUUUGGUAGAUAAUGAACAUCCUGACACUCCUUUUCAUAUCUGCAAUUUGAAAAGGGUUUUUAACAUUAGAAUCAUAUUUUCCUCUUUAAAUGUAAUAUUUGCUGGCUGAACCAGUGUUGUCAGAUUAACAUUUCCCCCACAAAAUUUAGGUUUUUGUUUUGUCUUGUGGAUGUUUUAGAGGGCAAAUUUAUUUUGGGGUUUUCAUUGAGUUAAAAAAAAUCUAUUGUGUGUAAAACUGCAAAAAUAGUUGUCAAUGAUUACUGCAGGUAUGUUUAUUCAAAUAAAACAAAGUGUAGUAAAAACACUUAGAGGCUCGAAGAUCGUUUGAACGAAUCCUAUUUUUUAAGUUGGUGGUUGUUUGUCACAACCAAAGAUUGAUAGAAGAGUGCAACUCAUUCAGAAAAGGAUUGAAUCAUAGCAAUAAGCCAGUAAUGGAAACAACCAUUUUGGUUAAAGGAAAGUUUUUUCAAAGAGAUAUUAUGUCCUGUUGAGUUAUUACAAGGCUGCAGAUUUAUAGGCAGACAAAAUAGGUAUUUAAAAAUAUAAAAUAGCCUUUAAAAAGACACUCUAUAUUUUUCUUAUGCUUAUUUAUGUACUUGUGUAGAAAGUUUCUGAAGUGCACGUAAUAUAGUUAUCUUCAUGGUAUGUUUGUUUUUUCACUCUGACAAAUUCUCAUUUCAAUCAUUGUUGGGCAAUUCAGAGAAAAAGGCUGAAGAGCAGUUACUACCUAUUUGCUUUUCAUUAAAUGCAAGCUGUUUGUGUGAUUUGUUUUCAUCGCCAUGCAUCACACAAAUGUAAGUAGAGUUACUGGAAUAUCAUUUACUCUCUUGCAUUAUAUCUAAAAAUAUAACUUCAAAAUUUGCCAUUUUCAAAAAUUCAGAGAGUUCAAUGAAAAUGAGAUACAUGCCAUUCUUUUAAGAGUCCUUUGUUCUAUGAGUGCGGAAAAAAAAAAAAAAAAAAA